AUGACAAACGACAGCCUUAUACAGGAGCUAGUGCAGCAGCGACAAAGAUUCGCAGCAUCGUUGCUCGAACAGCAGAAACAGUGGAUGCAAUCAAUUCAGCAGUCCAUAUUCAACGCUGACAAUCCUAAUCGUAUAAAAGAAGCAACAGUGGUUCUACCGUUCCACGCAUUUAAUAAAGACCAUCAGAAUUGGGAAUCCUACCUGGAGCAACUUUCUCAACAUUUUAUGGCGUAUUCGUCGAAACGUCAUGUAGUCGCAGCUCGUUAUGAAUUUUUUAAGCGAGAAAUGAAGCAUACGCAAACGCACCGUGAAUGGGUUGCCGAACUUCGUGGAAUUGCAAGGGAAUAUGAAAUGAUUCGCGAUCAAAUCAUACUUAACACGCCACACGAUCAAGUCCGCGCAGCCGCUCUUCAAAAAUUACAACCAUCAUUAGAAGACGUACUCUUAAUAGCUGAAACACACGAGACAACAACAAAAACAGUAGCAACCAUCAAAGAGAAUCCGAAUUCAUCCACCAUGCAGGUGAACACAAUGCAGACACGCAAAAAUUGGAAAAAAACGACUAAAGAUAAUAAAAGUGCCAAAAAGGGACACAUUGCCGCAGUUUGUACAUCCAAUCAGAGCAGAAAUAUUAGAAAAAGCACAACGAUUCCAGAGCGAAAAGGGAAUCAAAACAAACAAGAAAAUGAACAAUAUGUUAGUACCUUGGAUGCAGUGAACAUUGUAAAUGGCAUAAUAGAAGUUGAAGCAAAUAAAAAGUGUAUCAAUUUAGAAAUUUUUAACAAAGUAAUACAGUUUCAAUUAGAUUCGGGCGCAACCGUUUCAAUAAUCAAUUUAAAGACGUAUAACAUAUUGAAUAGACCGAAAUUACAAAAGUGUACAAAAACAUUAUAUGCAUUUGGUCGGCAGCCUAUUCCAAUAUUAGGUGAAUUGCACACUAAAGCAAAGUGUGGAAAUAAGCAAAAGCGCAUUGCUGUAAUAGUUGCAAAUAUAGAAAAUGCUAACAAUCUAUUUGGGCUAGAUUUGUUCAAAGAAUUCGGUUUUGAAAUCACCCAAAUUGAUAACGUAGUUGAUAAAGGUGAAUACAUCAAACAAAUUGAAGAUUUAUGCAAUAAAUAUGAAACAGUAUUUGACAAUACAAAUGCUGGCGUGAUAAAGCAUUUUAAAGCAAGUAUACGUAUGCAGACCACUGCCAUACCAAAAUUUUAUAAAAGCAGGCAAAUACCGUUCGCGCAAAUAUUAAAAUUUCGUGAGGAAGCAGAUAGGCUGAUUAAUACCGGAAUUUGGAAACCAGUUAAAUUUGGUAACUGGGCGUCACCAAUCAUCUUAGUACCAAAACCAGAUGGGUCGGUAAGAAUAUGCGGUGAUUUUAAAGUAACAAUUAAUUCACAAUUAGAUAUUGAGCAAUAUCCAUUGCCAACACGAGAGUCGCUAUUACAUACAAUACGACCGGGUACACAUUUUUCGAAAUUAGAUUUAAAAGAUGCUUAUUUACAGAUGGAGUUGGAUGAAGAUUCCAAACAAGUAAUGGUAGUCAAUACACCUUUAGGAUUGUUCCAGUAUCAACGACUUCCAUAUGGUAUUGCCAGCGCAUCCGCAAUUUUUCAGCGUUAUCUCGAACAACUCCUCAAUGGUAUAGAAGGAUGUGGAAAUUAUUUGGAUGACAUUAUUAUAACCGCACCGUCAUUGCAAGAACAUGUAAAUCGAGUAGAACAAGUAAUCAAAAUUCUCGAAGACAACGGUAUCAAGUGCAAAAAGGAAAAAUGUUUCUUUUUGAAGGAAGAAAUUGAGUACUUGGGUAGAAGAGUAAGCGCUAAGGGAAUCCUUCCAGACUAUUCAGGCAUUCAAGCAGUUAAGCAACUGAAACCACCUAUGAAUAUAACGCAACUAGAAGCUUUUAUAUUUAGCAAGCAUCUACCACAAAUGACUUCGCACCGUAUUCAACGUUGGGCCAUCAUACUUAUGGCAUAUCAAUUCGAUAUCAAGUAUCGUAAUACACACGCACAUGGUAAUGCGGAUGCACUCUCUCGUUUACCUCAAAAUAUUCUAGAACUCUUACAUGAUGGACAUUGGGGAACCGUAAGAAUGAAGCAAAAAGCACGACAUCACGUUUGGUGGCCAAACAUCGAUGACGACAUAGCCAAUGUGACACGUCAAUGUGAAAUUUGUAAAGUUGGCAAUCCAGCUCCUAUACGUCAAUACCUUAGUUGGCCAGAAGCGAAAGCACCAUGGGAAGGCGUUCAUAUCGACUUCGCAGGCCCUAUAUUCGAUUCUAUGUGGCUUAUAUGCGUCGACGCUUAUUCUCAACUUCCAUUCGUAACUCAGUUAUCGUCAACUACAACAGAUAAUACUAUACAUUCUUUAAAAUCAAUUUUCGCCAUAGAAGGUUUACCUAAUACACUGGUUAGUGAUAAUGGACCUCAGCUAACAUCCGACGCAUUUCAACAAUUUUGCAAGUUACAUGGUAUUACGCACAUAACAACUGCACCGUUUCAUCCAGCAUCUAACGGACUUGCGGAGCGUUUUGUCCAAACAUUUAAAACCGCAGUUCCAAAAAAUAUCAAUGAAGGUCUAUCCGUCAGAUGCGCCGUAGUCAAAUUUUUAACUACUUAUCGUUUUACUCCUUAUUCGAAUGGUAAAACACCUGCUGAACUUCUCCAUGGUCGCUCAGUUCGUACUAUGUUAACUCAACUUUUUGAGGCACCAGCACAAUCAAAAUCUAAGGUCGUAGACAAAUACAAAUUUCACCCUAAUGAACUAGUAUACGCUAGAAACUUCGCGAAAGGAGAAAAGUGGAUCAAAGGAAAUAUAAUUCAACCGAUUGGAAAAAUGAUGUUUUUAGUAAAGUCAAACAUAGGUACCAUACGACGACAUAUUAACCAACUCAAACCAAGAUCAAACGCAAAAGGUAAUAACAAAACACCCAGCAUAAUACUCCCAGAUCAAUGGAUACCUGUACCUGAAUCGACAUCCACACAUUCAAUACCGGUCAUGUUGUAA